GCGGAAAUGAUGGUGAGUUUCCUGGCCGCUGAUUGGCUGGUCAUCUAACGCUAGAGAUGAAAAAAAUUGAAGCUGUGAGGAUGAAUAGCUGCUGGGAUAGCUCAUCAGCUAUUCUGUGUAAAGGCUUCGUUAUGGCGCAGCGUCUGUAUCCAUGGAAGGGACAAGACCCCUGAGAGCCAGAGGGCUUCAGGCUUCAGCAGAGAAACCAGGAGAGUUCCUAGAGUCCAUUGUGAAUAAGAACAACAUGAGGCUUCCUUUCCGCUGUCCAACACACAGGCGUGUGUUUGUGGUGGUUGUGCUUUUAGGUUUACUGGUCUUGGUGAUGCUCUCCCUCCCACUGACUGAGACAAGGACAAACAAAUCUCUGAGCUGGCAUGUCAACCCUGCACAUAAAAAGCUGGUGCAUGAGCAUGUUCUCAGAGUUCUGGAGGGUCAGUGUCAUCCCAGCAGCACCAGACAGAGCUUGUUAUCUCGACUCCCUGCUUCCGGUCAUGUGGCUCAGCCCUUCUUGCAGAAGGAUUUGCCACUUCCUGAUAACCUUUUCCUGUAUCCGCCACCAUUUGGAUUCAGAGGUCUUCAGGGCAAAGUAGAGGACCUGCUAAAGCUGCUGGCAGACUCUGACUUCACACCCCAGCCGAAGAGGACGUCAGAUAAAUGUCACCGCUGUGUGGUCAUGGGAAAUGGAGGCAUUCUCAGAGGCCUGGAACUAGGCCCACUGAUUGACUGUUUUGACACCAUUAUCAGGUUAAACAGCGGUCCUCUGGGAGAGUUCAGUGUUGAUGUAGGAAAUCGAACCAGCAUCAGGAUGAGUUACCCAGAGGGCACCCCACUCCACUGGGUCGACACAGACCCACACACUCUGUUUGUCACUGUGGUGUAUAAAAGUGUAGACAUCAGCUGGAUGUCUGCUAUGAUCAACAAGCUUGCUGUGCCUCUGUGGGACCGGCUCUUCUUCUGGCAGAAGGUUCCACAUCAAAUCCCUCUUGAGCCCCACAGGUUCAGACUUCUAAACCCCCAUGUGAUCAGAGAGACUGCAUUAGACCUGCUGAAAUACCCUUCACCCAGAUCACGGAUGUGGGGCUGGGACCAGAAUGUGCCUACCCUGGGUGUCUCUGCACUGAAUUUAGCCAGUCUGCUGUGUGAUGAGGUGAGCCUGGCAGGCUUUGGCUAUAACCUCUCCCAGCAGGGGGCGCCAUUGCACUAUUAUGACCACCUGCCCAUGAGUGCCAUGCGGCAGCAGAAGAUGCACAAUGUGGACAGAGAGACUGAACUCCUGCAAAGCCUUGUCAAAGAGGGGACCAUCACUGACCUGACAGGAGGGAUUCACUGCUCCUUCUGCCAGAGCUGACCCCCAGACUUUUUUUUGUGUAAAAGCGCUUCCCCUUUAUUUGUUGUGAAGUGUUCACUUUCUAUGAACACAAUACAUCCUGUAUGGAAAAAUACAUAAGUCUGAAGGAUUUACAACCACGAGAAGAAAGAAAGAAAAUCCAGCCCCUUCAAUAUCAGCAUUGCAGACUUGCAUUUCUCCAAAUACUCAAUGUAUUACUGGUAUUUGAAACACCAGCAGUUACUGACCUCAAACAGUACAUUGUGCUGAUAGUGUUAAAACAUGAAAAGCUUCAGUUGGUAAUACAAUACUGUUCUGUUGUCAGUUUUUUUACAUCUUUGAUUUGUUUAUUUUGCUCUUUCCAGUUGUUUGGUCUGUGAAAGAUGAAGUGUUUUAUUUAUAAAUUGUGUUUUUUUUACAUUUUUUAAUAUAUGAAGCUUUUAUAUAAUUUUCAUUGUUUCUAUUAUAGCUAAUAACAUUUCUGCUGCACACACCCCUGUUAGUUUGAAAUGUUCAUGUAUUUAUGCUUCAUUUCUUGAGCUGAAGCUUUAGUUGUCACAACACACUCACUUCAACUAUUCAGUAAUCAUUUAGUUGUGUGUUCAAUGUUCAGUGCAUGAAGUUCACAAGAAAUGACACAGGUCAGGAUGCUCCAGGUUGAAAUCUUACCAAGGACUUGCCUCUCAGCAACUCAUAGACAGACUCUGCCUCAGAAACAACAGUUCACACACUGCACCUUGAGCAAGUACUAUCCACACUGACUGGGGAUUGUGUUAGACCACUGACUAAAAACAAACAACUGUGGCCCAGAUUUACUGAUUGUACAAAAAAAGUUGCAUCCUGUCUUGCACUCAUAUAUUUAAGUGGUUGCUGAAGUUCAGUUCAGAGUUUUCAUGUAGAGUCAUUAUUAAAUUAAGACCUUAAUAAAGCAGUCAGUGUUUACUCAGCAGCCUUUUACAUUAUCAGACACCGUCUUUAAUAUUACUGUAACCUUUUCUUCUAUUUCAAAGUGAAAAAAAGAAAAGACAUCAAAAGACAAUCUUGGAAGACUAAAGUUGUGCUUUAGUUUAGUGAAAUUUCUUCCAAAAUAACUUUUAAUGCACCGUGUUUUUGAAAUAAAUAAAUAAACGAAGGUAUUUAUCAUA